UUGGGAUUGAAGAGAAAGCGCAGAAGUUCAUUUUCAACCCCUUUGGGCAGGCAGACUCGAGCGACACGCGUGCAUAUGGAGGGAUGGGGCUACAGCUCCCAGUGUCGAAGCGACUGGUGGAACUGAUGGGAGGAGCAAUGGGGUUUGAGAGUCAGACUGGAACUGGCACUUUGAUGUACUAUCAUUUGCCACUCUGGGCACCAUCUGUUGCUGGGGAUAAGGUAAAAGGCGGCAUUCUAAAAUUUAUGGGGUCUCCCAAGGAGGAGGAGGGAAGUGAGGUCACGCCUGGGACGGUCACGGAGAAUGGAAGGAAGAACAGCAGGGAAAAUGUCGGGGAUCAGGGUUUCGUUAUGUCACACAGGAAGAUGGAUGCCAGAACUCCACGAGAGGAUUUUGCUUCGUUAAAAAGUAGGGUAGAAGGACUGCAUGUGGUGUAUGUCGAUGACAGUUUGUUAAGGCAAACGACUGUGAAGUACAUCAUGCGGAGAUUAGGUUUACGGAUCUCUCUAGUUAGGAGCUUAGAUCUUGUGGCAGGCGUUCUUGCUAAUGCCCGUAGCGAAGUUUUGCUGGAUUUAGGUCAGUCAUCCCUUGCAUCGGCGGAGGACUCAAGAGAUAAGGUUAGUCAUCAUCGGUCCAGCACAAUCGGGAGAAUUGGGCAGGUGCACAGGAUUGCAAUCUUAGUUGCUUGUGAGUAUUUUUCUACGUUUCAAAAUGUACAGGCUGCAAAAAAGUCGUUGCUGUCGACCAUAGCAAGCAUUGAGCAGUCGAAUGACCGCAGCGGUGCGGGGGGUAGGGUCGAUAGUGGUAAGACGUCGUUCAGUUUGUUUAAGGGUUUUGUAUGCAGGAGUCAGUCCGAUCAAGAAACGGGGAGAGCACUUGGGUUCGAUACAAUGCUCUUGAAACCGUUGACGACUCGUACAGUGUGGAGCAGCCUUGUCGAGAUGACGACGGGGAAGAUGCGACCUUUAUCUGCAAAACGUGUUUCCGGUAAACAAGUUGCCGAUCCUCAGCUCACACCAUCAUCACCAGAGUCGCUAUCCACUUCUUCUUCACCCCAGCCAGGCACUGUUGCAUCAGCUACUUCCCCUUCAGUGCCUUCACAGCUGGAUGACGACAAGAAAGGGUCCAUUCCUGAGGUUAUUCUGAAGUCGCUUUCAGGAAAGAAAGUCUUGGUGGUUGAUGACAUGCUGCUGAAUAGGAAGGUGGGAGUGAAGAGCAUGGAGAAAUAUGGAAUGCUUGCAGAGUCAGUGGGUAGUGGAAAAGAGGCACUGACAAAACUUCAACCUCCACAUGAGUUUUACUUUGUGUUGAUGGAUUUGCAGAUGCCAGAAAUGGAUGGGUUUGAGACAACACGACUGAUACGGAAACUGGAAUCGGAGGCAAAUGCAGCAAAGUCCAAGGACCCUAUAAAACCAGUUCCUAUUAUCGCCUUCACAGCAGAUAUGAGAGAAGAAUCCAAGCAUGCUGCUAUGGAGUGUGGUAUGGAUGGCUACCUCACGAAGCCCAUCGACGAUGAGAAGAUCGCUCAGAUUGUUGAUGUUGUGGAUACGGGAAUUGGGAUUGAAGAGAAAGCGCAGAAGUUCAUUUUCAACCCCUUUGGGCAGGCAGACUCGAGCGACACGCGUGCAUAUGGAGGGAUGGGGCUACAGCUCCCAGUGUCGAAGCGACUGGUGGAACUGAUGGGAGGAGCAAUGGGGUUUGAGAGUCAGACUGGAACUGGCACUUUGAUGUACUAUCAUUUGCCACUCUGGGCACCAUCUGUUGCUGGGGAUAAGGUAAAAGGCGGCAUUCUAAAAUUUAUGGGGUCUCCCAAGGAGGAGGAGGGAAGUGAGGUCACGCCUGGGACGGUCACGGAGAAUGGAAGGAAGAACAGCAGGGAAAAUGUCGGGGAUCAGGGUUUCGUUAUGUCACACAGGAAGAUGGAUGCCAGAACUCCACGAGAGGAUUUUGCUUCGUUAAAAAGUAGGGUAGAAGGACUGCAUGUGGUGUAUGUCGAUGACAGUUUGUUAAGGCAAACGACUGUGAAGUACAUCAUGCGGAGAUUAGGUUUACGGAUCUCUCUAGUUAGGAGCUUAGAUCUUGUGGCAGGCGUUCUUGCUAAUGCCCGUAGCGAAGUUUUGCUGGAUUUAGGUCAGUCAUCCCUUGCAUCGGCGGAGGACUCAAGAGAUAAGGUUAGUCAUCAUCGGUCCAGCACAAUCGGGAGAAUUGGGCAGGUGCACAGGAUUGCAAUCUUAGUUGCUUGUGAGUAUUUUUCUACGUUUCAAAAUGUACAGGCUGCAAAAAAGUCGUUGCUGUCGACCAUAGCAAGCAUUGAGCAGUCGAAUGACCGCAGCGGUGCGGGGGGUAGGGUCGAUAGUGGUAAGACGUCGUUCAGUUUGUUUAAGGGUUUUGUAUGCAGGAGUCAGUCCGAUCAAGAAACGGGGAGAGCACUUGGGUUCGAUACAAUGCUCUUGAAACCGUUGACGACUCGUACAGUGUGGAGCAGCCUUGUCGAGAUGACGACGGGGAAGAUGCGACCUUUAUCUGCAAAACGUGUUUCCGGUAAACAAGUUGCCGAUCCUCAGCUCACACCAUCAUCACCAGAGUCGCUAUCCACUUCUUCUUCACCCCAGCCAGGCACUGUUGCAUCAGCUACUUCCCCUUCAGUGCCUUCACAGCUGGAUGACGACAAGAAAGGGUCCAUUCCUGAGGUUAUUCUGAAGUCGCUUUCAGGAAAGAAAGUCUUGGUGGUAAGUUGACCUUACCUCACCCGACCUCGACUGCUUUUUUUUUUUUUUUUUUUUUUUUUUUUUUUUUUUUUUUUUUUUUUUUUUUUUUUUUUUUUAAUCAAGCUCCGAUCUAUUC